AUAAAGGGUUUAUAACAGUUCCUGGAAAAUAGUCAACACCACAUGAAUAUCCACUUAAAAGAUACAAGGAAAUAUGUCAACUUGGGCAACCCAGUUGGCCAAGGAAUCAGGAAGUUCCAAGUUCAUCAAGGUUCUUCACUCACAGGGCUCUACUCCAGAUUCCCUUGGUGCUGUCCCCCCUGCCUUUCCCAGCGUCACCAGGGAAAGGGAGUGAGUGGAAAUAAAGCUCUUAUCCUAGUCUCAGGAUGUCUUCCUCCCCUGGAAGGCCCAUCCUGCGCUCCUCAGAUGUAAUUAAGGAGCCAGGCUCCAAAGAAGAUCAAGGAGCAGCCUGUGGGGUGUACUGGGCAGGGUUCAGAACUCUACUGAGCUCAACCACCCUGCACUCCAAAAACCAGCAGCCAUGGACUGUGCCAGGGAGCAGCGAGGAUGGGCCUUGGCCUAGAGAUAGCCCAGGCUCCUUCCAGCAUCUAGAAAAUCUGCAGCUGACCAACCCUCCCUGGAAAGACAGAGAAGAAACUGACAGCGUUGAAGGUCAUCAGGAUGUGCAGGCUGUCUCUCAAAAGACCCAGCUGCCCUCCAUUGUGGUAGAAGCUGCUGAGGUAAGGGAAAGCGGGGAGCUCCGGUGGCCACAUGAGGAGCUGCUGUUGCUCACCGAUGAUGAGGAAGGGGCCCAGGUCUUCUUCCAGGAGCGAAGUGAAGAGCCAGACUGGACAUUUAGCCCCCGGACCCCAGAUCUCUCAUGA